AUGAACAAUCGAAGAAAAUGGAUGAUGGAAAAUGCUGUUUCAAUAGAUGAAAUAUUAGAUGAGUUUCCUCGAUUAGGCGAUUUUUCUGGCGAAAUGAUUGAUGAAGAAUUUGAGAGACUACACAAAGGGGCCUCUGAUAGAUUCUUAGCAAGAUUUGUUUCGUUUUAUGUACCAAGAAUCCUUAUAUAUUGCAGUACAGCAAGACCAGAGUUAUUUAGAAAAUCAGCUUUUAUUAAAGAUGAUGCUCUUCGUGCCUUAACUCUUUUGGCAGAUUUACUUCCUGUAUCAAAUGCUGUAAGAGAGGGAAAAAGAAAAAGAAAAGGAACAAGCAUGGAAAACUUAUCAAAAGGAAAAAAUAUUGAUUGGGAGAACAUGAAAUUUACCCUGCAACAUUUCCAAAUCCUUCUUUACUACGAAUAUGGCCUGAAGGAACAAACAUAGAAGCACAAGCUAAGAAGAUUAGAAGUGAAGCCAAUGCGGUCCUAUCCAAUCCUAUAUUAUUUUAAU